AUGGAGGAUAGAAUACAGUUCGACAUCAACGAGUCGCUCAAGUAUUACUUGAGUGACCCAGGUUCUAUCCCGACCCCCGAUGCAGAUCCCGAGCUCCUGGAUUGCGAGUCCGACCCGAACCAGCUGUCAACGGCGCUUGUUGACAAUGUUUUAAACCCGAUCGUCGAUGCGAUCGCGGAAAACCCAGAGGGAUUGACGAGGUCAUCCUUUUUUGAAUCGCUACAAUUCCUGCUCAAAUAUACCACUUUCCUCCCCUCGAAAUCCCUGAGCAAAGUCCUUGACUUGAUUGUCUCUGGCCUAUCCGUUGAGGCCGACAUCAUUCAUGGCGAUCUCGAAUCCGACGAACAAGAUGCCAUUCAACACCACAAGCAACUUUUGGAGAUGUACGGCUUUCUUCUCCAAUGGGCUUUGUCCGCCGUGGAGGUCAAAGUCCGCAAAGGAUGGACAGUGGGAUUGGACCCCCAGAUCCAGAUCUCCAUGGAGACUAUGUGCAAGGUGAUGAAACUAAAGCUUGGCCGAAUCUUUAUGACUACUUCGGAUCGCGAUACGUUCAUUAAUUUGUUUACGCGUACAAUCUACCUCAUUCUUGAGAGCGAGCAGCGAGUGAAGAGCAUGGCUAUUCGCAUGCAUGCCUUCAAGGUUCUAUGUAUUGCGGUUAAGCACCAUGGUCAUGCUUUCGGUGCGCAAACAUCAAUUGUUCAGAGCUUGACAUACUUUGAGCAUCUGUCAGAGCCCAUGGCCGAAUUCCUCCACAUUCUCGCGGAGCAGUAUGACUACCCGCAGCUUUCGGAUGAGAUUUUGAAGGAGCUUGGAAACAAGGAAUUCAACUCAAAUGACACCAGAGGACCUAAAUCUGUUUCUGCGUUCAUCAUCAAGUUGUCUGAGCUUGCGCCGAGAUUGAUCAUUAAGCAAAUGACUCUUCUAGCCAAGCAGCUGGAUAGCGAGGCCUAUACCCUCCGAUGCGCCGUGAUUGAGGUCUGCGGUAACCUCAUCUCCGACUUGAGCCGCCAAGAAGAGCCGAGCGAAAACUCCAAGACACAAAUCAACGCGUUCUUUGAUGUGUUGGAAGAGCGUUUCCUCGAUAUUAACCCGUACUGCCGUUGCCGAGCGAUCCAAGUUUUGAUGCGGAUCUGCGAUUUGGAACAGAAGUUCCCCAAGAGGCGACAAGCUGCUGCGCAAUUGGCUGCAAGAAGUCUGGAAGACAAGAGCAGCAAUGUCCGACGAAAUGCAAUCAAGCUGCUGUCAAAGCUUGUUGCCACACACCCAUUCAGUGUCAUGCACGGUGGCCAGCUCUCUCACAAAGAGUGGACUGACAGACUCGAUGGCGUCGACGCGGAGCUGAACUCACUGCGGCCCGCAGAAACUCCCGGAUUCGAUGGAGAUGUCACGACCGUGGACCCUGAAUUACUGGAUGACGCAACUCAGUUGCCCGACGACUCUCCUUCGAAGGCGCCCCGAAUGACAGAAGAAGAAAAGGCAGAGGCCAUGCAAAAGGCAGCUGAGCAAGCCGCCACCUCUGAACUGCUGACACGGCUGCAGCUUACGAGGAAGUACUACAAUGAGGCCAUCCGUUUCAUUGAGGUUCUUCACUCUGCAUCUGCGAUUGUCUCCCAAUUGCUGUCAUCUCGAAACAAGAGCGAGGUCAUCGAGGCCAUGGACUUUUUCGUAAUGCUAGAUGCCUACAAGGUGGAGACAGCUCGCAGCGGCAUCCGGCGUAUGCUUCGUUUGAUUUGGACCAAGGGCAACAGCGAUGAAGGCAAGGGUGUCCAAACUCAUCUCAUUGAUUGCUACAAGGGCCUCUUCUUCGACGCACCCGACUCUUUCAGCUCGAAUGAUGCAGCUAACUACAUUGCACGAAACAUGAUCAGUUUGACGUUUGGGGCGACACCUGCAGAGCUCACUUGCCUCGAGCAGUUACUCAGCACCAUGAUGAAGGCUGGUCAUGUCUCAGAGGCAGUUAUUGCGAAGUUGUGGCAGGUCUACAGUGUUCAGAGGAAAGAGAUAUCCAAAACCCAACGUCGCGGUUCUAUUAUUGUACUCGGCAUGCUGGCGCUGGCAGACCCAGAUGUGGUCGUGAAGGAAAUUGAGGCCAUGCUGCGCAUUGGUCUGGGUGGCCUGGGUCGGUCUGACCUCGUGCUCGCAAAGUACACUUGUAUUGCUCUGCGACGCAUGGUCCCUGGCCGCCAGGCCAAAUCCAAGGAUGUUGUCACCGUUCCAAAGCUCGCCAAUGAUCACUCUGUUUUGAUCAAACUUGCUGCUAUCCUUGAGAUCGUCUCCGAGAGCAAGGAAUGGUACGGCGUUGCCGAGCAGGCAAUUAGUGCCAUCUACGCUCUUUCUAAGCACCCUGACGUUCUUUGCUCGGAUAUUCUUCGCCGCAAGACUCGAUUUGUCUUCCAGCCACACCUUGAACGCCCCUCCUCUUCCCACACCACCGCCAGCGGCGAGGAGCAAAGGCCGGGAACUGCUUCUAGUGAGGAGCAGAACGCAAAGCCCAAGCCCUCUUCGGCUGCUCUCUCGCAGCUCCUGUACGUUGUUGGUCACAUUGCCAUCAAACAAAUCGUGCACCUUGAGUUGUGUGAGUUGGACUUUAAGCGGCGCAAGGCUGAGCAAGAGAAGACCAAGACAGCAGAGGCUACUGCCUCAAAGGAAGGUGAAGCUGCCGAGGCUGACGAGCUGGAUCUUAUUGGAGGAACGACAGAGGAUGAUUUCCAGGACGCCAUGGCCCACAUCCGAGAGCGUGAGCUCUUGUAUGGAGAGAACUCACUACUCGCCAAGUUUGGCCCAUUGGUGGCUGAGAUCUGUGCCAACAACAACUCCUAUCCGGACCGGGACCUCCAGGCCUCAGCAACUCUGUGCAUGGCAAAACUCAUGUGCGUUUCUGCCGAGUACUGUGAGAAGAAUCUCCCGCUUCUCAUCACAAUCAUGGAGCGCUCUGAAGACCCUAUUGUGCGCAGCAAUGCCGUGAUCGCUCUCGGCGAUAUGGCCGUCUGCUUCAACCACCUCAUUGACGAGAACACUGACUUCCUGUACCGCCGUCUCAAUGAUGACGAGGCCUCUGUCAAGCGAACUUGUCUUAUGACCCUGACUUUCCUCAUUCUUGCCGGUCAGGUCAAGGUCAAGGGUCAACUUGGCGAGAUGGCCAAGUGCCUGGAGGACGACGACAAGAAGAUUGCCGAUUUGGCCCGUAUGUUCUUCACCGAGUUGGCCACCAAGGACAAUGCCGUGUACAACCACUUUGUCGAUAUGUUCAGUCUGCUCAGUGCGGAGCGGAACUUGGAGGAAGCGUCUCUGCGCCGCAUUGUCAAGUUCCUCAUUGGUUUCGUCGAAAAGGAGAAACACGCCCGUCAACUCUCCGACAAACUGGCUGCUCGUCUUCCUCGUUGCGAGACCGAGCGCCAAUGGAACGAUGUUGCCUACGCAUUGUCCUUGCUUCCGCAUAAGAAUGAGGAGAUCACCAAGGUUGUCACCGCUGGCUUCAACAAGGUGGUUAGCGGGUCAACUUCGGCCCCUGCCAGCGCGCCGGCUAGUACACCCGCUAGCACGGCGCCGGUCAGCGCAUCAGCAUAG